AUGCCGAACGAGAAUCUUACCUCAGAUACUCCGCCUCGCGCCCACCAGACUAUGAGCGCUCCAUACAACUGGGGAAAACUCGAUGAAGCCCGGCAAGCCCUCAUCGACGAAUUCAACAACGUCGUCCCCGAGUUGCCCUUGUCAUUCUUCUUCGAUAAUAUCUUCCCUCAGGUUCCCUCAAGUAUUGACAUCGAUGAUGUCGUCCAGACCCUUCAAGACAAUGAUACAAUUCGGAACGGCCGAUGGAGUGCAUUUCAGAAAGAUCCUAAUCGCAACGGCGAUGAAGAAGACAUGGUAUUCGCGCCUCUUGAAAGCUUGGCUGCGGCGGUAGCAGAAGCCGUCAAGGUAUCGGGAAUACAGCACCGGUUCACGUACCUCUGUAGACCGCGUCGAAAACCGGCAUCAACCACAAAGCUGACACACACGCGCCCUGACGGCUACUUCGUGUUGGAUCAUAAGGGCACAUUACGCUGGUCAGAUAUUGCUCUUUGUGCGGAAUUCAAGAAGGCAGACACCACUGGAGAUAGGGAUGAUGUCAAUGAUUUCUUCACUAUAUUUACGUUUGGUCUCACUAUUGAGAAUAGCAAGACGAGAUUCUGGUACUGCAGUCGGUCGGAGAUGUACGUCAGUGAGCCGUUCAAUUUCAUCGAGGAUCAUAGUAUGAUGGUGCGCUUUAUCCUUGCGUUCGCCUACGCAAAGCCACAGGAUGCCGGGUGGGAUCCAACGGUGAAACGCGUUCCAGGGACCAAAGGCCCUCCUCGCUAUGACAUUAUUGUGCGCGACAAGGAUGGGAAAGAGACCGUAUAUCGGACAACGAGAAUGAUUUCCGACGUCGGAGCCAACCCAAUUCGGAGUCGAGGCACCCGUGUUUGGGAAGCGAGAGAACUAAGGAACGACGAAGAAUAUGGGCCCGCCGUCGUACUCAGGGAUUCGUGGAUAGAUGCCGAUCGCCAGAACGAGGGCGAUAUCCUGGAAACCUUUCGCAGCGCGAAAACUGAGCCGGAUGAUGAAGAACUGAUUGAUCAAGGCCUCCUGUCUGUCGUGUGCCAUGGGGACGUCUUUGUUGACACCCAGCGAGAUCACACUCGGAUAGUGAUGACUAGGGGCGCGGACAUUACAUCGGAUAGCCCUCUUUUCGUCUUGCAGUACACCCCUCCGCCCGAGGUGGAUCCCCGGAACACUUUGUCGCAUACCGGCGUGGGGAAACUAAUCACCCCUCCCGACCGCUAUCCACCAAAUGAAGUGGUCACUUACCAUCCGAAGAUUCAUUAUCGUAUCGUGUUCAAGGAGGUCUGCCGAUCACUGUAUACGGUGACGGAAUUGGGUACACUAUUCAAAGUCCUCAUGCAGAUCACAUGUGUAUUGAAUGCGAUACACAAACUCGGCUGGAUCCACCGCGACAUAAGCCCCGGGAAUAUCUUGAUCUACGAGGUGGAUGGUGAGGUUUAUGCGAAACUUACCGACCUGGAAUACGCGAAGUGUAUGAACCUUGGGAGCCCCGCUCAUGAGGUCAAAACAGGUACUCCACAUUUCAUGGCCAUUGAGGUGGAUCAUAUGCGGUACUUGUUCAACCCCCUAAUUUCUGAGAGCGAUAAAGAUGAUUCCGAGGAAGAAUCUUCCAUUCCUCCACUCGCACUCUUCAAACAAGGCCGCAAAAAAAAUCCGCCGGAUGCUGAGGUCAAUCUCAACACGACUAAAUCAAUGGCACCAGUCAACAGCAUAUUUCUAUACAACCCCCUUCAUGAUCUCGAGUCCGUUUGGUGGACAGCAGUCUACUUCCUGUUUAACAGGGACGUCGUUCGCGUUGCCGGGGAGGUUGCCACGCCUGAUAAGGAGAAGGAGAAGGGUCGGCGCAAUUACGCGUACGCCAUAUUCCACAAGCACAAGGAACGAGAUGACGUCUUGAAAAUGCCCAACGUAUAUGCUGAGGCAGUCAAGAGUCUUCAUGUUUCCUUGUCGGACAUCGUGGAUCAGCUCGAAAUUGCGAGGAAGAGUCUUGUUGCGCGGUACCAAGAUGUCGAGAAGGAAAUCCCUAUGAUCGUAUCGAAAGAAGCUGCGAGGAAUCUUCAUCGAAAAUUUCAAAAAAUUCUUAAUGUUAUUGGAGACCUUGCCUUUCAAGCAGAUAUUGUGAUCCGCCAGUCGGCGCAAGACGUGGCAGAGGCUAAACAGAUCUAUGGACACAACAGCACGCAUACUCAAGAUGACACAAUUUUGAUUCUGUCUGCGCAGGCCGAAGAUGACGAUACCUUGCAAGACAAAGAUCUGCUCCUCCCGAUUCAGGAAGAAGACGCUUGCCUCGAAGCUGUUCCGGAAGCACCCAGCCCCACGCCGGUCGCCGCAAAACCCGCGAUGAGGCUAAUAUCACGGCGAACGGCGAGAUCACCGUCUGCCAUUAAUUCGAGGUCAACCAGCGUUAUGUUGUCAUCUAGAGCCACUAGGUCGACUCAACCUGGGACGUCUACAAGCCGGGUUCUCACAACUAAAGCCGCAGAUGCGAGGUGCUCGGGCAACAUCUGUGCCGGCGCCCAGACUAGCCCCGAGACCUACGAGACCGCCUCGUACAACUUCGCCACAACCCAAGAGAUCGGCGGGGACAGCUUCACUGCCAUCUUACGCCCUGCGUUCCACCGUCGUAGCGCCGUCGUCCGCGAAUAUGGCUACGAGAACACCACCUGCCAUAACUACGCGAGAAACCAGGACAACCUCUGUACCCACAAUGCAAAAGACCAAACCGACUAUGAUCACGACAUCAACGCCCACGGGAGGGACAGUAGUGACUAG